CAGCAAUUCAUGCCAUUUCAGAGCAUCGUCCUUCAAGAAUUGCGGUUAUUACGCAGACCCUUUUGAGCGCACGACUUCAGAGGAGAACAGCGCGCGUUUACAAACCGCUGUUGCUCGGGAUCGAAACGAGCGCCGCAUUGCGGUCGCAGAACAUGGUUGCGCCCUAGACCCAACCAUUCCCCCUUCCCUUUUUUUGGUUUUUUUUUUGGUACCGACCAUGGACGAAUAUGCAACCGGGUUUCUGAACGUCAUCGAAGAGGACGCCGCUCCGGAGGUUGAGGAGCAAGAUGAUGAAGGACGGCGCGAAGCUGCCGAGACCCCGGAGCCAGACUCGGCGAAGAAGCGGAGGAGUCUGCGCGAUGGCAUCUUUCGCGCCGCAAACCUUCAGGACAGGCUCUUGGAAAAGCUCGUUUCUCAAGUAAUACCCGCCGACGAUGGUCAUGGCCAGGUACCGGACCUUGGCGGCGGCGGCGUUCCCGCCUUUGCUGAGCGGCCGGGGUUCUCGCUUCCUCUCAUGACCACGAACUUUAGGAGAUUCAACGCUCGCAUCGGCGUCGUCUUCAAGUUUCAGGCCCGCGUGCUGCGCCUGCUGUCGUGGCGCCGCCCAACCCAGACUCUCUCCUUCCUGGCCGUCUACACCUUUGUGUGCCUGGAUCCCUACCUCCUGUUUGCGCUCCCGCUCGCCGUCGCUCUCUUCGGCAUCCUGGUCCCGUCCUUUAUCGCCCGCCACCCCGCGCCUGCGCAGGAUGCGGACCGCCUCCGCAACAUGAGCUACCACCCCCGCGGACCGCCCCUGGCGCCCGCCCGCACCGUCAAGCCGACCAAGGAGCUCUCGCGCGACUUCUUCCGCAACCUGGGCGACCUGCAGAACGUCAUGGAGGACUUCAGCGUUGCCCACGACAAGAUCAUAGCGCUGGUCGUCCCCAAGACCAACUUCUCCGACGAGGCGCUCUCGUCCGCCCUCUUCGUCCUCCUCUUUGCCGCCUUCCUGCUCAUGCUGAUCGCCGCCCACCUGCUCCCGCUCCGCUUUAUCGCUCUCGUCGGCGGCUGGGCAGGCGUACUGUCAGGGCACCCGGCAGUGGCCCGAUGGCUGCAGCAAGCGAAACUCGAGUACCUCGAGCCGACGACCGGUCCGCCGUCCGCUCCCCGGGACAGCCAGCAGCAGCAGCAGCAGCAGCAGCAGCAGCAGCAGCAGCAGAAACAACAGCAACAACAACAAGCAGAUACACCCCAAGAGAAGAAGCGAGGAUCCGCCCUCCCCUUCCCGGCCUUCUCCCUCCAGGAGCUCAUCAGGCGCGACAUCCAGCUCGACUCGGACCCGGAGACGCGCGAGGUGGAGAUCUUUGAGCUGCAGCGGCAGUCGCCGACCACGCUCGAGUGGGAGCCCUGGCUCUUCUCGCCCUCGCCCUACGACCCGCUCUCGGCCGCCCGCCUCGCCGGCGAGCGGCCCCGCGGCGCCCGCUUCUUCGAGGACGUCCUCCCGCCCCCCGGCUGGGAGUGGAGCGAGAAGAAGUGGGCCCUCGACCUCUGGAGCCGCGAGUGGGUCGAGGAGCGCAUCAUCACCUCGGUCGAGGUCGAGACCGAGGGCGAGAGGUGGGUGUACGACAUGUGGAGCGGCGAGCGGGACGCAGGUAAUGGCGGCGGCGGCGGCGGCGGCGUUGGUGGUAGUAGUAGUAGUAGUAGUUCCAGCGGAGAGGGAGAGGGGUCGAAGGAAGGUGGUGGGGGCGGCCAAGGAAAGGCCCCCGCUGCCGGGCCAUCGGCGAACGUAAGCUGGGAGGAAGGGGAGGAAGGGAUGGGCCGGCGCGGGCAGUGGAGGAGGAGGAGGUGGGUGAGGAUGGUGAAGCGGAAGAAAGUGGCCGGAUCGGGAUGAGGGAGCGGCUGUCUAAUCCAGCGCGCAUGCCGUGGUCAUCCGCGCGCAUUCUCUACGACUACUCUUCUUGCGAGAUCGAAACCUACGUACAUAAUACGCCGACGCUCUGAUCGGUAAUAUACAUGGGAGCUGGCGCUGAGAUUGUAAGUGGCUCUUGUCAAGCUGCCGCGCGAGAUCCCGACAGGACCCUAAUUUCCUGACGACAACCCAUCUGCGGGCAGCUCUACAUGGAACUCUGUCUUGUCCUUGGGUUUGGGUGCCAGCGAAUGAAUUUCGGCGACAGACAGUAGAACUGACCCCCCCCCCUUCUUCUCCCAAUCCCUCUCUACU